AUUCGGCAGAGAGUGGGCCGUCUGUGGGCGUGUGGCUCUCUGUGUGUACGCGAAAGUACGUGAGGGUGUAUAAAGAGAGGCUACGCCUGUGUGUGUGUGAGAGAGUCUGUUUUGUGUGACUGAGCACUGGCGGCGUGGUUGCGGCACACAUAAGAGUGUGUGGGCGAGAAAAAGAGUGAGAGAGACCAGCCACAGGGUUACUACAGGUUUAAUGGCGACCUUGUUGUGCACGCACUUAGCUGCUUUCAGUGUUGAGUUGCUCAGAGCGAGCGUCUAAUCCCCCACCCGGGUGCUCACACACUUGAUUAGUGGCCUUGGUUAUCUGCCUAGAGGACAAGCCGCUGCUCCCCUCCUUCACUGGUCAGGGCUAGGGCACUAAAGGGUGUCAACCCCAAAGAAAGAAGAAGAGAGAGACAGAAGGAGAGAGAAGAGAGGGGCAGGAUGUUGUCGAGGUGUAUUAGUAUUCAGACAGAGCCCUUACAGCCUGCAGAGCAAAUUGAUUACUACACUGUACCUGUUCUUGGUGUCACAGCUCCGUAAGAAGGACCGUCACCAGUUGACCUUGUGGACAGAAUUACUGGAUGAGAGCAGUGAUUUCACUCACAACCCUGAAGCUUUGAAGUACAAAUCCAGUGCCAUGGAAUCCCACAAGACUUGACUGCAUUACGAUCCAGUACUUAAUGGCAAACAUGAUUUUAAACAACAUUCAUACUUAGCUCUUGCCUCCUGUAUGGGGGAAUGGCUUGUGAAGCUACAUUAGACCUUUUUUUUACCUAAAAAAAAAAAAAAAACAAGGUUUGGAAGCUACAAACUGUAAGGUCUCUUGGCAAAACGUAACAGAACGAUUUUUCCCUUUAUUGUGGUGGCCAACCAUACAAGGGACUAUAGUAUUGAACAUGACUCAUGGGGAAGAGCCUGGCCCUGAAACACACCAGGAUUCUGCUGUAUUAACAUAUCUGGAAGGCUUACUCAUGCAUCAGGUAGCAGGAGGACAGGGUGCGGCAGCAACACAGAGUGGAAGCCAAGAGCAGAGGAAUAAGGACGGGACAGGGCAUGCACAGCCUAGUCAUGGCACUCGGCAGGAGCAGAACCGGACAAAUUCCCACUGUGGAGCCUCACAGCACCUCAGAAAGGCUCGACUCCUCAACUCAGAGGCCUGGACGGAGAGUGAGACUCACCGGAGGUCAGCACCCUCCGUUGCGCUCAACGGGCAAAGUGAAGACCACCACAGUGGCCAGAAUGGAACCUCUCAGGAUAAAGGAGAGAGUACGCUUCUAGCGAGUUUGCUGCAGUCUUUCAGUUCUCGACUUCAAAACGUGACCCUGCCACAGCAGAUUAUCCAAGGCUUGAGGCCACCGGAUGCCCCCUGCCAGAUAAGCAAGCCUGCACAAGAGGACAGGGCAGAUGUGCCUUGCCACAGACCUGCCUCGAGCCACCUCAAAGGGUUAGUAAGCAAGAGCAAAAUGCAGAAUCACAGCAACAGUGUGCCUUAUCAACGUCGACGGUCCAGUCAGGAAAGUUUUUCAGAAUCUCCCAAGGCACUGCAGAGCAGUACUCCCUCCCCAUCUCCCGAGUCUCUAUCUUGUACCGAGCGCCUAAAAGCUGUGGCAAACCUGGUGAAUAUCAGAUCAAGCCCCGCUCCGUCGCCCAAACCAAGUGUGGCCUGCAGUCAACUGGCUCUGUUGCUCUCCAGUGAGGCCCACUUGCAACAGUACUCUCGAGAACAUGCCCUGAAAGCCCAACUCUCUGGACGAUCAGCCAGUGAAAGACUAUCAGCCAUGGCCACACAGCAGACACAAGAAAAACAACCUACAACUUCUGGCCAGACUCAUGGACUAAGCCUCUUACACACCAAGAAUGGAAUACCUUCACAAAUGUCAACAAGCUCCAGUAGACAGAGUCCAAGCCUGACUUCAGGGCAAAGAAGGACAGAAGGUUCCAUGCGGACAGGACAACGCUUUAGAGAACGUCGACCUUUCGAGAAACAAGGAAGACCGUCACAGAACUGCAGCAGUCUUCUACUUCAGCUUCUCAACAGUCACAACACCACACAGCGAAUUAAUGGACAGGGUCACUUGAAAGAUGACCUCAGUACCUUUGGCACUCUGGCCUCUCCACUUUUUUCAGACAGUGAGCACUCGAACCCCGACAGCAGUCUUACAAAAGACAGCAGUGAUGCCGAGAGCACUUACUCUAGUUGCUCUCCUAUUGACCUUUCUCUGAAGAACAGAACAAAUGUACAAACACCUGUAUCUACUUCGUCCUCACCUGUACGGGACAGAGUCCCAGAGUCUUCAUUGAACAGGUGGAAGCCUGAGAGUCCACCUGUUACAGUUACCUCAGAUCACAGGGAGAUGGACACCUGUUCGGAGAUGAAACCUCAUCACAAGGUCACUCUAUUACAGUUGCUCUUGGAUCACAAAAAUAACGAGAAAGUAAACAAAGGUUUGGAUAAUCCAGAUUUGCUGCAAGCUGUAAUCCCUAAGGUCACUAGUGCAUCUACGAGUAGCCAGAGUGUUUUCAGUACGGUUAUGUGUAAGGACGUAAGUGACCUUAGCGGACACUGUGGAUUGAGUUGUAGAAGUCCCAAACUCUUGCCAACUUUCUCCCAAAGCAGAGACUCCAACAGCAGCGCAUCUCCAUACACACUUUAUGGGUCUCCCCAUUCUCAGUCUGUCCCAUUGGAUCUUUGUAAAGCAAAACAACCUGCAAGUGAUGCAAGAGUAAAAGAACCUGCCUUUAGUGCUAGUAAAUUGUUACAGAAUUUAGCUCAGUGUGGAAAACAAAACCCUGACAUUUCUCCUCCAGCAAAGACACCUUUACCCCCUAUCAAACUCAUGACCCAAGAGCUGAAAGUUAACCAUCCUCCAACUUUACUUGAGAGACUCGCUGCGCCAAUUCAGAGAAACAAUACACUGUGGGAAGAGGCCAAAGCAAAAACUUCAACUGUGCCCGAAGCAACACAGCAUGUCUCGGAGAUUGAGAAUCUGCUUGAAAGACGUACAGUUCUACAACUUCUUUUGGGCAAUGCUCCUCAGAAAGAAAAGGUAGGCAGCAAACGAAAAAGAGAGCAUUGCAAAAACAGUUCUGUGGAAAAACCAAUACACCAGGCAACUGGUCAACCAAAUGGUCCUCCAUUGGAUAUCACAAUUAAAACUGAGCCUGUUGAAGAGGGUCAUACGUAUGACUACAACAAACUGUCAAAGCAAUGCCAGAAUCCAGUAUUGGAGCCUAGGAAAAGCACCAGUUAUCAUUCUCAUGAAAGCAUCAAACAAGAACCACUGUCCCCAGAGGCUCCCACCAGAGAUGGUCUGCUCUGUCAUCUACUAAAGAAACGACCCAACAAAACCCUUCAGCCAAACAAAUUAGAGAACCUAAACAAGAGCUGUGUCAAAGAAGAAUCAGUUGAAGCCCAGGGACCAACAAUCCCAAAGAAGCGGAAAUUUUCAAUAGAACUGGAAUAUCAUAACUCUUUGACUCAGCAGACCAAGGAUUUGGAACAUUCUGGUAGCAUGAAAGAAGACAACAGUGGUUGUUUGGCUGCCAGAGAUUUAGAGACAAGAGAGGGCAGAGACCCAUCUAGCCCCCCAGAGGCUGACAGCCCUCCAGCUAAGUUUCCACCAUACGAGUCUAACGAAAACCGAAGUUUCAAUGUUCUAAAGCAGCUGCUUCUAUCAGACAACUGCUUGAAGGAAUUGUCUCAGCCAAGGGGUACAUUCAGUUCACCGUCACACACUGUACUGAAUGGAAAUACAAUCAAGCAAUCGUGUAUUGAAGGUGAAAUUCAAAACUUUCACCGGAGCCUGAGUCCCAGCAAUGCAUCUUCUAAAAAAGCAAGCAGUCACAGGCAAGAAUCUCCCCAUGUUGCACAGCAUGAGCCUGCAAAGUCAAAAAUCGAUUACAGCACCACAAAGGAUUUGAAGGGCCCUGCAAAGAUGGUUAAUGGAGACUAUCAAACACAAAAGUACAGGCCCGACUCACCUCGGUUUACCAAGACUAACCCUAUUUUGUACUAUAUGCUCCAGAGGAGCAAUGCACAACUGGUUAAAGAUGGGGAGGGGCUGGAGGUAGGCUCGGGACAAAUGCAGACAAAGGUCAAAAACGAGUCAUCAGGUGAUACUGAGGCCUUUGAACUUUAAAACAAAAUUCACAGAAUUUACAAUGGAACACUUAGUUGUGACUCACCACGGCUAAACGGGUCAUUGAAGAAAUACUAGUUUUGAGACUGUGAACCAGCAUCUGUGCUUGAACUAGCAAUGUGCUUCUUUUUAUUCUCUCUGCUUCUUAUCCGCUUUUGUUUCUAUUGAGGCAUCUCGCAUUUUUCACUUGAAUUACAUGUCAUUUAGUUCACAAAAAGACCAUGAAACCAAAGUUCAUUUGAAUAUUUAUAAGCACUACUUUCUGGCUGAUUUCUUUCUUGGGUUCCAAGCGGCAAAGAAAAUAAAAGUUUUCUACAAAAGGUGUGUGACAGAUUUGCCCUCGUGUAUUUGUAACAAUAUCAGUUCCCACUCCGUUUUCCACACAUGGGUAGACUUUUGGCCUCAGGCAGUGAGUUAUGAUGCACCGAUGCACAUGGUAAUCUGUUUAAACAGAUUGUGCCUCAGCAGUUGUUAGUGAAUAUUCUUCAAUUUGCCAUGCUGAAAUGAAGAAAUAACUAUGUAUUGUUACUUCGUCUGUGCCAGGAAGGCAUUAAAUGUCACAGUAUUUAUACAUUCAGAUAAACGAAAUUGGUCGCCUUUUUAAAAAGAUAGGCAUCUCUCAUUGGUUCCGUAUUGUUCGGAUAAACUAACAGCGACAGUAAAGCUGUAUGUUCAUUCUCAUGUUUGGAUAAUAUGGAAUAUGAAUCCAUCAGUAUUACGACAUGAUAUCUUGAUAUCUAUAUGGUAUGUGAAGUGUGUAUACUUUUAUGUUAUCAGUGUCCUUUUUUAAUUUCCCUCUCUCACAUUGAAAACGAUGUUGUGAUGUGCUUUAUUCUUUAUUCUGUGUUCUCAGACCGAAAUGGAUUUUUACAAUACUCUAGAAGAUGAUGAAUGAAAAUCACAAGAGUUACUACAAAUGACUGCUUUUUGCUCAUACAGUAUGUUUUGUAUUUGUGUAUUUUAUGAACUGGUCUUGGUAUUAGCAUGUCAUAAGAUGUUUGUUCUAUUAUGCAAGAGAUUGUUGCAUCGACUUGAGACAAAUCAGCCCAAUCUCAGCUGUCUGUCAUGCUAAUGGACACGUUGAUCCAAUAAAGGGAGUGUUUGUGGUAUUAAGGCCAUUCCCACAAAAAUAUGUUUGCUCAUGUGAUGUUUUACAGUCUUACGUUAGACAUAUGUUGUUUUUCAUCAAUCUUAAAGACUCGUUAUAAACUAUAUUUAUGUACAUAGCAUAAUCUUUAUGAAAGACAGCUAUUUUGUAUGAAUGAAAAGCAUUUUAGUUUUGAAAUUUCUUAAAGAGACUUCAAAGUAAAUGCCAUGUGAAUAUGUACUCUAGAGGAUGAUUUUUGUCCUUCUUUUGCAUGUGUCUCCUGAUUAAACUAUGAUAAUCUGUUCUGCAAUAUCUUGUGUUAUGUCAGAUAUUUAAGAGUACACUGCUGCCUGUUGCAUGCAGAUGCAUGAGAAGGUUCCUAUGUAUUACCGAACAUGGGGAAAUUCAAAGUCUUAAGCAUAUUACAUAUAUAUAUAUAUAUAUAUAUACAUAUAUAUAUUUUGUCAUGGAGCCCAAUACAUAAAAAUGUGAUCUGUAUGUUUGUCAUGAGAAAUAGACCGCUGGGCAAAAUGUUGAAACUUUUGAAACAAAUGUGCAUAUGAAGAUAUUUAUUUUGUUUUUACUCAAUUUUAUUUUUUACAAGGAGAAAACCAAACAGGUUAAACAAUCAUGUUCCGUACUGUACAGUACAAAGAUGGAUUACACUGAGACUUCAAAGACUUCUAUUGGUUUCGAAAUAUUGUUUUGAUGCAGGCUAAUUGCGAUGCAUUUGAGUAUUAUUGUGUAUCAUUAUUUCUAAAAAAUACAUUUCAUUUGGGUGUUUACUUGCACAGAUUUCGAAUAAAGUUCUGAAAUGCACAA